AUGAGCGACCGCGAGCUCCAUCUCGCGCUCGAAAGAGUCGGCCCGCGGUUUACGCUCGGUGACUUACUCCUCUCCGAAGGCCCCGCGCUGGAUGAUUCCGCGGACGCUCUGCGCCAACGCGUCAUCUUUGCCGUCCAUCUGAGCGGUGGUCAUCUCGAUGUCGACGAAGAAACCCGAGAAGUCAUCUACGUAGUCCCCGUGCGCGUGCGCGCGGCCAUCUUAGCCCGUGAUGUGAGCGAACGCGCGCGCCGAGCGCGUCGGGCGGCGUGGCGAACGACGAUGCGCGCGGUGAGGGCCGCGUUUGGGUCUUUCCUCGUCGUCUCGGCGGCGUUGACGGCGCUCGCAGUCAUCGCGUUGGUCGUCAUCGCGCUUUCUCGAGGCCACCAGGGACGAGGAGGAGGUGGAGGGUCGACGCCGGUGUUACCCACGUACGUCGGGCACGGACGAGGGGUGAACGCGGAUUUCUGGUACUAUCUGUGGAUGCGCGAUUUGAUUGAACUAGCGUAUUGGAACGACGUUAUGCGAUUCGAACGAGCGCGCGCGUUUGAUCGCGCGCAUGGCGUCGCGGAGGGCGUUCCAGUGAGUAAACCGCGCGUUGGCGGCAGCGGACACGGUGGCGGUGGCGGUGGCGGUGACGAUGGAGGAAGUGGGGAUCCCGCAGGGCGAGCGAACGCGCCGCCACCGACAAACGUCGGCCCGCGAAGAGGCGGCGACGGCGUUGAUGGCGAUGAAGAAGAGGAAGAAGACGAUUGGCUCGACCGCGAUCGUGAGUUGUCAUUUUUUGAAAGCAUAUUCGCGUUUGUUUUCGGAAGAGGUGAUCCGAACGAUAAUUUGGAAACCAGGCGAUGGCGCGCUGUCGGGGCGCUUUUGCGAGUGAACAAAGGCUGCGUGUUCGCCGAGCAAGUGGCGCCGUUUUUAGACACGUAUCUCCUCACGAAAGAGGAUCAUAGCGAAGUUCGAAACGGGUUAUUUGCCGUGGUUUUCGACCUUGUCGCGCACGCGCGACGACUUUUCAGAAGGAAGGCGGAUGCCGAGCGAGACGUUCGAAGGAUGCACGAGGGCUACAUGCUCGAGGUCUUGACGCGUUUCGGUGGAUUUGCCGAAGCUUCGGAUGCUGGAGAGCUCAUAUACGUGUUCCCAUCUUUGCAAGUGACCGCUCGCGCGGUCGAACCCUCUUCGUCGCGACUGAUGCCGUCGCGCAGCGUUCAGGCUCCGACGCCGCCGCCAAUUUACGAGCGAGUCCGACCUCUGUGGGAGAGCGGUGCGAAGAUGCCGCUUGUUGUCGCCCUGGGAUUUUUGAACGUAGCACUUAUUUUCAUCUUCCGUGCCGCCGGUGGUAUGGACUUCAAGCCUCCACGCCAAAGUCAACUUCCACGAAGAGCCGAACAAACGAUGGGACGUCGUGCGGGAAGAUUCCGUGACGCCGCGCCGACGACGAGCACCGUCCCGAUCGAUGACUACGGCGAACCACCGUUGGUGAUUCUUAUCCUCGAGCUGUUCCCCAAACUGCUCAAACUCCUCAUGCCGCUCUUGCUCGUGUACGCGGGCAUUUUCUUCCUCGUGCCGACGUCACGAGCGCUGUACAUCGCCGUCGAGAAUCGCCAAAUCAAGCGACGAAACGACGUGAGAAAGAGGCGUGCGCAGGAAAUAUUAUCAACUAGCGUCCAAAUGAUCGACAAGCAGUCGCGCGCAAGGGGCAAGCAAGCUUUAGAAGUGGUGUAA